GUGUACUUGCACUUGCUUGGAUUGGCGAUCGAAAUUUUUCAUUUUUUCCUCAAAGUAAAUCAAUUUCAUGUCCGAAAACACAGAAAUAUGGAACUUAAAUGCCUUAUGCCGCUGCUGCCACAAGGAUGGGUAUUUCAAAAGCCUGCAAGAUACGUAUAUUUAUGAAACCGAAGUGGAAGUGUACGCCAAAAUGUUACGAGAUGCCUUCGACAUAGAGAUAAAGCAGCCGUUACUAGACGCUAGCAACUCAAUCUGUGAGGUGUGCAUAGAAAAGCUACGACAUGCAGUCGAUUUCAAGAAGCAAGUUUUGGAGUGCGAGAAGAAGUUUGCUGUUUACUGCAAAAAUGAACUUAUCAGCAAUGGAAUGGAACCGGUGAAAAUUGAAGCCGAUUUUGAUAUGGAUUAUGAUGCUGAAUAUAAUGAUGAAUUUGAAAUUAAAAUAAAAUGCGACAAUCCUGAGGAUGAUAUCACGAAAAAGGAAGAAGAUGAUUUGUACGAUCAGCAGGCAGCAGGCAUAAAAUCUGAAGUUACAGAAGACAGCAAAUCCAUCCAGAUUGAACUACAGCCGCUAGAAACAAAACAAGAUGCCAAAGAAAAUGGGAAGAAGAAGAAAAGAGUCACAAAAAGUAAGUACACUAUAAUCCGGGCCUUUUCAAGGCGAGAGUGA